AUGAAAGUGAAUCUUUGCCUGUCCCUGGUCCUCUUAAUUCGCCCGCUUCUGGCCUUGGAGGAUAUCACCGACGUGGACAUGAUGAGUAAGCAUCCCCCUCUUCUUUUCACGAUUUUUUAGAUUUUUUUGUUGCCCAGAAAUUCGAACCAACAGAAAGUGCGGGAAAAAGGUAAUUUCCUUCGAGAUUUUUAUGACCCAAUAGCCGGAGAUCCGUGAAGAUCCCGUCUUGUAUUUUGGGUUUAAUAAAACAAUUUUAGUCAUGGGAAAAAUAAGGAAGAGGGCUACAGACUGGCACCACCAAGGAAGAACCUUGGCCCCAUAACUACAGUACCGCCCGACAACUUUGAUUGGGCCUAUCAGAAGUUGAACCAGACCAUCUUUCACGAAGCAAUCAAAGAAAAGGAAACUGGCGAGGUCAGAUUACGCAAACAUUAUGCAAUCACUCUGUGAUUGAUGAUGUAAUCAAAUGAUAUUUCCAGAAUCCUUAUCCGAGUUUGCCGACCUUGGCCUUUAAUGAUGAUCCAACUCCAUUUACUGAGGCCAAUGAAUCCAAUGGGAGGACGGUCUCUUUUAGAAAUAGGUUAUUAUCCUUGUCCAAGUCUGAAGAUAUCUCUGGAUAUCUUCCCAGAACAACCACCCAAGAACCUCAACUUUUGGCAUCAGAGGACUUAAAAUCCACAGAAAGGUUGCAUCGACAAAUUGAACCAUUUAAAAGUAAUGCCUUCGAUGAGAUAGACGAGAACACACCUCCCCCGCCCCCUCCUCCUGAUUGGGCCGUUCGAAUGAUGUUGUCUUCCAAUCAAGCUGUGCCCUCGGACAAUGACGUCACUGAAGAGCCCUUUGAAGUUACAGAUGCUUUGGAAACAGCAUUAUCGAGUACCUUUGAUUCGUUGAUUACAUCGACUGAAUGGUCCACAAAACAAGUCAGUGAAGUCCCGACCAUGAAGAUGUACCCGUGGGAGAUGCAGAGAGGUGAUAUUGACAUACACGAUCUCCCUGAUGGACAGGCUCCCGCGGUCCCGAAUCCAACUUUUAUGCCUCUCUCAAUUCGAACUCCCAAGUAAGUCUUAAGAUGAAUAAAGAUGAUUGUCAAGGUAUAACAAUAAGCAGGACAACGUUCUGAUUCCCCAAGAUCUCCCCACAGACGUUGAUCUGCCCAAAAUCUACACCAUCGGCCCUCGCUUGGUGUUACCUCAGAUGCCACCGCGGCCAGAGACCCCUCGGCCACCAGCUCCUUCCGCUCCUCCAACAUUGAUUAUGAGACCAACCGGGCAGACAAGACCGACUCCCCCGAGUCAUCGGGGGCAUGAGAACAAUCUUUCUGAGGUCCCCCGACCGAGAUCAACCCUCCUGCCCACGUUUGUGACCGAUGAUGACAUCUUUGGACUCGGCCCAUCUCAGCCUCCAAGUAUUAAUUUACAAGAAUUUGCAUCCCCGCCGGGAAUUGGAUUAGUUUCGUCUCCCCCUUCUUUUAAUCCAGAUCAAGUUUCUGUGACAGUCUCCCCUCCAACCUCCACAACACCAUAUUAUACUGAGGUAUGAUGACAGAGCAUUAAUACGAAGACAUUUUGUUUUAGAGGGUGGGCCACUCAAAGCUCCCUUUUCUUUUGAUUUCUCCGCGGAGACUCCGCCAAUUGUCCUAAAAUUUGUAUUUUUCUGGAGCUGAGAUUCGCCAUUUUCAGCCGAUCAUAUUUUAAAAAAAAAACCCCCCUAUGUUGUGAUGGCACAAUAAUAUUUAACAUGACUUAUGAUUUUAAAUUGCAGGUUCUUAUUCCGAAACACGCCUCAUCAGAGUUGAGGGGCUACAGUCCUGAUCUCAGACCUCGAGUUUCAACAACCCCGCGACCACAACAAUUCCACAAAUUCACAAAGUUUAAAGAACACCAGUUUGCCAAUUAUGGAAGAGAUCGGAAUAAUUCCUCCAUAAUAUUCGAACCCAACUCUUCUGCCGCAUAUUUUUCAUCAGUUCAAGACAAAAGUCAAAUGAAACUUUCCCAGGAAAAUCAUUCGGAAUUAAAGCCUUUCAGAGAAAAAUUCUCUCACAGGAAGCAUCUCGGUAUGUUAAAUAAAACAAUGUACAACCUGGAUACUUUUAGAUGAACAGCCUUUCACAUUCACAACCGCUGCUCUGACAGGCGCCGUUGUCUUCAGAAUUCCCAAACCCAUUAAAUUGAGUAUGUCAAGGGCGGUAAAGACGAGGCCAUUGAUGGUGGGGAUGCCCAAGAACUAUUUACAUAAGAGAUUGGGAUUGACCCCUCAACCCAGCUUCUAUGUCCCCAAACAAAGGGACCAGAAAGUAAAGGCCUGGAAGUCCUUAGGACCUUUGAAUUGGGUACCCAUUGGACUGGGACCUCCGAGAAGAUUGGGUGCCGCAAAGUUGGUCCCGGUGACUACUAAAACUGAUAGUAUCGAGUUGGAAGUGCUGCAAUCUGAUGACACAAAACACGAGUUAUGUAAAGGUAAACGUAAAAGAACUUUUAUGCAUUUAAAUUGUAGUAGACACAUCUGAGGACUUAUACGAAGAUCUGAAAGAUUUGCAUCGAGAAUUUAUAAAGAAAUGUUUUCGGCGAGUAAAGAACUGCCUGUUGAUGGAUGCAGUGCCAUUAGAACGGAGAAUAAAUUACAAAGAGGACCAAUGUAUCAAUUUCUGUGGGCAGUAAGCUUCUUCUAAAACAAUCUUAUGAGUACUUUAUAUUAAGUCAUCCUUAUUGCCAAUCAGUCGCUUAUUCCAAGACAAUGUCUAUUUGUGAUAUAUUCGACAAAAGGAAUGGAACAGGACCUAUUCGGACAGUUAAUUAUGUCGGCACUACUUAUUACGAGGCCCUCAAUUCGGUUGCUCUGGACUGUUGGCGAGGUGGGUUACUGUAGUUUUGUUUGAAUACAACUUUCAGAUGGGCUGAGUUCCUUGUUUUACACCAGAGCGCCAACACCAGCAGUUUUGGUUGAUUCACAGUAAGUAACCAAAAACCAAACCAAUUUCAUUAAUUUUAGAGAUAUCUCCGGAGAAGCUGCAGAUGAAGAUACUCGAAGACAAGAAACGAAAUCAUUUGCUUCCAAAGAGCCUGUCAUGAUAGCCCCAAAGGGUAUGGUUUAUGAUUUUGUUUUAGAUAUUCUUUCAGAUAAUUGUGAUGCUGAUCAAGAUGUAUUGUUGAUGAAGAGCGUUGGCUUCAGAAUCCGGCAUCUCGGUGUGAUUCCUUUGCCUCAAAAUUCCUCGGAGACGGAAUGUGUUUUUUCUUGUCUGGUCAACCUUGCUCGAGGGCAUAUUCCCUAUCAAUGUACUGCAGCGUCGUAUUCCUCCCUCUCCGGAUGUCUAAUUUAUAAAUCUGGAUCCAAUGCCAAGGGAAAUGGUCAUCUGAUUCCAGCCAAUUCCUUCAAUCAUUAUGAGAAAGCUUGUAUUUCGAGUAAGUAAUCACAAUUUGCAUAGCAUGUUCAGGACCCAUGGUGGAGUUGUGCAAGGGAUAUCCCAUAAUUCGACAGCCCCAGAGAGUUCUACUCGGCUUUACUGCGUUAACCAUGAAAGCGGAGUCAUUGGUUGAGUGCCUCGAACUUUGUUUCUUCGAUUUUGAGAAGAAUGGACGAUGCAAAUCGAUUAUGUACUUCUAUGAAGUGAGUGUUAACUGAUUAUUUGUUAAUGUAACAUUCUAGGAAAGAGAAGAUAACUGUGUUCUGAACACGGAGAGUGCCAUCAGUCAGCCCCAAUUUCUGGCCGAGGAGAACGACAGUCUUGUGGACUACGCUUCCUUCGAGAAUUGUGUGGAGGAAUCGAAGAAGGAGGUGCGCCACUCCUCUCUGGUCGGUAAUUACUCAGUUAUAUUAAAUUUGUAGCGGUCACAACAAUAUCGACAGCCAGAGCGACGAAAGAAACCGCCGCAGAUGGUGAGGGGACCCUUUGAAUUCGGCGGAAUCGAGGAUUCGAAGGUAUUAAAAAAUGACGAUUUCUCUUUCAACGUAUGCAGUUUCAGAGGGUUACUGUAAUGACAACAACAACAGCCACCUUGCCUCCGCCCUCAGCCCCACAAAGAUUAGUCCAUUUAUCAGUUGGAGGCACUAAAGAGAUUGUAAGUUUUGUUACAUGCACUGGCUGUAAUACGAGCAACAUAUUCAUUUAGUCGAGCACUCGUCAGAGGGUCUUUAUGGACAGCAAAGUAAAACGACAUCAUCGCCCAUUGUUACGGACACUUUACACUGACGAGACCUUGUUCAACUAA